AUGGCGGUAUGUGAUACCUCUAAUUCUACUAAAGUUGGUAAUGGAGAUAUCACUUCUGCUCCAACUUUGAUUGAUUCGAACAAUUUCAUGUAUAUGCAUCCAUUUGAUAAUAUAGGCGCGAUGCUCGUACCAGAGAUUGUAGAUAGUGUUGGGUAUGUUCAGAAUUUUGCUGAGCUCUGGAAAGAGUUGGAGGAUAGAUAUGGGCAAAAGCAUGGGGGGAAAUUAUAUCAAAUUCAGCAAGAAAUCAAUGAUUUGUCUCAUGGAUCCCUCGACAUCAUAGUUUUUUAUACAAAGUUGAAGAAUUUGUGGGAGGAACUUAACACUUUGAAUACCAAAGCUCAAUGUACUUGUAGUUGCACUUGUGGAGCAAAAGAAAUUUUUUACAAGUGCGAGCAAGACAGAAGGAUAGUUCAAUUCCGAAUGGGACUCAAUGAGAUUUAUACGCUAAUACGAGGAAGUAUCCUUAUGAUGAACCCACUACCCGCCAUGGAACAAGUUUUUUCUCUGUUGGUUCAAGAUGAACGACAAAGGGAGACCAAUCCUUCCAAUCAUCUUACUCUUGACUCGACUGCCUUGCAUGAUGCGAUUGAUAAGCGCACACGCUAUAAUACCAACUACUCCACCAACAAUUCCACAAACUUGAAGUAUAAGGACAGGUUUUGCAGUUACUGCACGAGAACUUGCCAUCUCAUAGAGAAAUGCUACCAUGUCCAUGGUUAUCCACCUGGUCACAACAACAGUCUGAACCAAAAUAGGAACACUCAGUCAGCUCAAAGGGAGCCAGAAUCAUACACAGAAGUUGUUAUUGAUCCUGCAUGGAAACUGGUCAUGACACAAGAGUUUGAUGUUCUGCAUUCUAAUCACACUUGGGACUUGGUCCCUUUACCCCCGGGAAGAAAGUUAUAG